AGAAGGGAAAAAAAAGAUAAUCAUUUGUACUCCUAGACCAUAUUUGUAUUGGGUAUUAUGGAAGUCGUCAUGAGCGCCAAUGGAGAAUGCGUCCUCGUGCGGUUCUUUGUGAGAUGCCCGAUCAUCAUGUCCCAGAACCGUUGCCAUCUGAUGCUAACCGCCGCCUCCGUUUUUGGUACGGAUAAUUUUGUCUUGCCCCAUAUUGCCAUGCGAUGACAGUUGUUAAGGUCUAUCUGUGUCUUUCUGAAAAAGCAUUGUCCCUCAAAACGCCAGAA